CGGCAAUUUCCGUCACCACCAGACCCAAUCAGUCGAACAACGAACGAAUCGAUGCUAAAGGGGUCCUUGUGGGUUCUCCGUGGGGGGAAAAGCAUGGAAUGUGGGCUCGCGAACAGUGUAGCGUUUGCAGCUUACUUCGCUGCCGAGUAUUUCUAAGUUGGGGCUCGGACUGCCAGCUAGGAGUGCCGAGUUCGAUUGUUCUGGCCUGGCCAUGGCGCUUCUCCUCCCCCCCGCCAUGGCUCCCCGUGUCCCUGCUCCUCUCCUCUCAGUGAGCGAAAGUGGCCGCCGCCGCCGUCCCAGCGCCCGCAGCCGCCGCCUCCUCAGCAGCAAAAGCGCGGCCGCCAUCUUGGCGAGGCAGAAGCCGAGAAGCACCGCGGCAGGAAACAAGCAGCGCCAACGCAGCGCGGGGCGACAGGCCGGGAGGAGAGAUCGGGGCGGGCAGCUCAGAAGCCAUCCCCGCCCCAAGCCGGGCCACGCACCCAGCUGUGCAUUAGGCGGCAUUUUUGCAUGAGGAGAGGUUUGUUCUAUGGCCUCAGAGCUGGGUGCAAGAGAGGAUGGCAACUGCACAGAGCUGGCAACGCCCCUCUAUUUGCGGUAUCUGGAGAAAGCUCUGCGAUUGGAUCAUUUUUUACGACAGACUUCCGCUGUCUUCAACAGGAGUAUAUCCAGUGAUGAAAGUGAAGAUGGAUUGGAUGACAAUCCUCUGCUUCCUCAGCCUGGGGGUGCCUUAAUGCAAGUUAAAGAAGAACCUACAAACUCCUUACUUGGGGAGUCUUCUGGUGCAGGAAGUUCUGGAAUGUUAAACACACAUUCACUCAAUGGAGUGUUGCAGACUGAGCCAAAAACAGAAAAAGGAAAUCUAUAUAACUUUUCCAAAUUGAAAAAAAGCAGAAAAUGGCUAAAGAGCAUUCUCUUGAGUGAUGACUCCAGUGACAGUGAAUCAGCAACUGAUGAGGAUGGAGAAGAAGGGGAAGAGUUUACUCUUUCUAGGGAAGAACUUCACAACAUGCUGCGACUUCACAAGUACAAGAAACUGCAUCAAAAUAAAUACAGCAAAGAUAAAGAGUUACAGCAGUACCAGUAUUACAGUGCAGGUUUGCUCUCCACAUAUGAUCCUUAUUAUGAGCAACAGCGCCAUCUUAUAGGACCCAAGAAAAAGAAGUUCAAAGAGGAAAAAAAAUGGAAAGCCAAGUUGAAAAAGGUGAAGAAAAAAAAGAGACGGGACGAAGAACUCUCAUCUGAGGAGUCUCCACGGCGUCUUCACCACCAUACCAAAGUUUUUGCCAAGUUCUCUCAUGAUACCCCUCCCCCAGGGUCCAAGAAAAAGCAUUUAUCAAUUGAACAACUGAAUGCUCGCCGGCGGAAAGUAUGGCUGAGCAUUGCUAAAAAGGAGCUGCCGAAGGCAUACAAACAAAAAGUCUCAGCCCGAAACCUGUUUUUAAGCAACAGUCGAAAGCUGGCUCACCAGUGUAUGAGAGAGGUGCGUCGAGCAGCUAUCCAAGCCCAAAAGAACUGCAAGGAGACUCUACCAAGAGCACGCCGCCUUACGAAAGAGAUGCUUCUUUACUGGAAGAAAUAUGAGAAAGUGGAGAAAGAACACCGCAAAAGAGCAGAGAAGGAGGCACUGGAGCAGCGCAAACUGGAUGAAGAGAUGAGAGAGGCUAAGAGGCAGCAGAGAAAACUUAACUUCCUUAUUACGCAGACUGAGUUAUAUGCCCACUUCAUGAGCCGCAAACGAGAUAUAGGACAUGAUGGAAUCCAGGAGGAAAUUUUAAGGAAACUUGAAGACAAUUCUAUCCAGAGGCAGAUUGAUAUUGGUGGAGGAGUCGUAGUCAACAUUACCCAGGAGGAUUAUGAUAGUAACUACUACAAGGUUCAGGCUCUGAAGAAUGCUGAAGAUGCCUACCGAAUUCAUCAGGCCCAGACCAGGUCAUUUGAUGAAGAUGCUAAAGAGAGUCGGGCAGCAGCACUUCGGGCUGCCAACAAAUCUGGCACUGGCUUUGGGGAGAGUUACAGCCUUGCCAAUCCAUCUAUCCGGGCAGGAGAGGACAUUCCACAGCCUACCAUUUUCAAUGGCAAACUAAAAGGUUACCAGUUGAAAGGCAUGAACUGGCUGGCCAAUCUUUAUGAGCAGGGCAUCAAUGGAAUCCUGGCAGAUGAAAUGGGGCUGGGUAAAACAGUGCAGAGUAUUGCCUUGUUAGCACACCUGGCUGAGAGGGAGAACAUCUGGGGACCUUUUUUAAUUAUUUCGCCAGCUUCCACGCUAAACAACUGGCAUCAGGAGUUUGCCAGAUUUGUUCCUAGAUUUAAGGUGCUACCUUACUGGGGAAAUCCCCAUGACCGAAAAGUGAUCCGGAAAUUCUGGAGUCAGAAGACUUUGUAUACUCAGGAUGCUCCUUUCCAUGUUGUGAUCACCAGUUAUCAGCUUGUAGUCCAAGAUGUGAAAUAUUUUCAACGGGUUAAGUGGCAAUAUAUGGUGCUGGAUGAGGCACAGGCACUCAAGAGUAGUUCUAGUGUCCGUUGGAAAAUUUUACUUCAGUUCCAGUGCCGAAAUAGACUAUUAUUAACUGGGACACCCAUCCAAAAUACCAUGGCUGAGCUCUGGGCUUUGCUUCAUUUCAUUAUGCCAACAUUGUUUGACUCCCAUGAGGAAUUCAAUGAAUGGUUUUCUAAAGAUAUUGAAAGCCAUGCAGAAAACAAAUCUGCUAUCGAUGAGAAUCAGCUCUCCCGCUUGCACAUGAUUCUGAAGCCUUUCAUGUUGAGGAGAAUCAAGAAAGAUGUGGAAAAUGAGCUGUCGGACAAGAUUGAGAUCCUUAUGUAUUGCCAGCAGACCAGCCGACAAAAAUUACUGUACCAGGCUCUGAAGAACAAAAUUUCUAUUGAUGACCUCUUGCAGUCCUCCAUGGGCACUACCCAACAAGCACAGAACACUACCAGUAGCCUCAUGAAUCUAGUCAUGCAGUUUAGGAAGGUCUGCAAUCAUCCAGAACUCUUCGAACGACAAGAAACUUGGUCUCCAUUUCACAUUUCACUAAAGCCAUACCAGAUUUCAAAAUUUCUGUACCAUCAUGGUCAGAUCAGGGUGUUCAACCACUCACGGGACAGGUGGUUGCAGUUUUUGCUUUCUCCUUUUGCUCCAGACCAUAUCCAGCAGUCUCUCUUCCAUAGGAGAGGCACUGAGGAAGAAAGUUGUUUCUCCUUCCUACGGUUUAUUGAUGUUUCUCCGGCAGAAAUAGCUAACUUCAUGCAUCAGGGACAUCUAGCCAGAUGGUUAGCUCUUUUCCUGUCUCUGAAAGCCACUUACAGGCUCCACCACUGUCGCUUCUGGAGGGAGCCAGAAGAAAUUGGACAGCAUAAGUCUCAAUGUCUGAAGAACAAAGAUUUCUUGCUGGAUGUUAGUUUUCCACUCUCCCCUCCCAACUUGCACAGCUGCACUUUGCUGCAGAACCUUGUGUUCACGGGCCACUGUAAAGCUGUAAUUGGCUACUCUGAUUACAUUAUUCAUCAACGAUCAGCUACCUCAUGGAAACAGAAACAGUGUUGUCAGAUCACAGAGCUGCCGUCCUUCCUGUCUGUAGUGAGCCCAAGGGUAACAGCUGUGCCACGAGAUUUCUACUGCAAUGAUAGGAGUGCAGAAUAUGAGCGUAGAGCACUUAAAGAUGGAGGAAGCCUUGAAGCAAAGCAAUGUGUAUUAUAUGGAGCACCUGAACUAGCAGCUGGCUGGCUAAAACGAUACUCUCAGUUCUUCCCAGAAUUUCCAGGGGGAUUAUUAGGGAUCAGACCUCAAAACAGCUGGUCUUUCAUCAGGAUACCAGACAAAGAGAGUCUGAUCACAGACAGUGGAAAGCUUUAUGCCCUUGAUGUUUUGUUGACAAGAUUGAAAUCACAAGGGCACAGAGUCCUUAUCUACUCUCAGAUGACACGGAUGAUUGACUUGUUGGAGGAGUACAUGGUUUACAGGAAGCAUACAUAUAUGCGGUUAGAUGGCUCUUCAAAAAUCUCCGAAAGAAGGGAUAUGGUAGCUGACUUUCAGAACAGGAAUGAUAUAUUUGUGUUCUUGUUAAGCACAAGAGCUGGUGGCUUAGGCAUUAACCUUACAGCUGCUGAUACCGUAAUUUUCUAUGACAGUGACUGGAAUCCAACAGUAGAUCAGCAGGCCAUGGAUCGAGCUCACAGGUUGGGUCAGACAAAACAGGUCACUGUGUACCGGUUGAUUUGUAAAGGCACCAUCGAGGAACGCAUUUUGCAGAGGGCCAAGGAGAAAAGUGAAAUUCAAAGGAUGGUGAUUUCAGGUGGCAAUUUCAAACCAGACACCUUGAAACCCAAGGAGGUGGUCAGCCUACUUCUGGAUGAUGAGGAGCUUGAGAAAAAAUUGCGUCAGCGUCAAGAGGAGAAGCGACAGCAGGAGGAGACAAAUCGUGUGAAAGAGCGUAAACGAAAGAGGGAAAAAUAUGCUGAAAAGAAGAAAAAGGAAGAUGAGUUAGAUGGGAGGAAAAGGAAAGAAGGCAUGAAUCUAGUGAUCCCGUUUGUUCCAUCUGCAGAUAAUUCCAACCUCUCAGCUGAUGGGGAUGAAUCAUUUGUUAGUGUAGACUCUGCCGUGCCUAGCCCUUUCAGUGAGAUUUCCAUCAACAGUGAGUUGCACAUGGGAUCCAUUCCACCUGAUGAAAGCAGCAAUGACAUGCUGGUGAUUGUAGAUGAUCCAGCAUCUUCAGCACCUCAGUCAAGAGCUACUAAUUCUCCUGCUUCCAUCACUGGCUCAAUGUCUGACAACAUGAAUGGAAUUUCAAUACAGGAUAUGCCCAUCACAGGGAGAGGUCAUUCAGGUAGAAGCCGAGGCCGCCCGAAAGGUUCAAAUGGUGGGUCUAAAAGCACAGGGAAAGGCCGGAGCCGGAAAUCAACAGCAGGAAGUGCAGCUGCCAUGGCAGGUGCUAAAGCAGGAGCAGCAGCCGCCUCUGCAGCAGCAUAUGCAGCAUAUGGGUACAAUGUGUCUAAAGGUAUGUCUUCAGGCAGCCCUCUCCAGACUCCACUUAUCCGACCAGCUGGACUUUCAGACUUUGGACAGUCAAGCACCACUUCUCCCUUGAGUAAAGGAAACAGCAUUUGUGGAACCUCCAAAACCUUAAACCUGGCAGGUUCCUUGGCACCAGAAACCUCAAUCCGAAAACAAUAUAAAGGAGCCCACACCUCAGGUGGGCGAUAGUAAUUUUGAAACCCUGGAACCUGUGUAUCUCCAUAUCGGCUUUCCAAGCAGCCCACCAGCAAAAGGGUAUACAAAGGAUGCCUUGUUUCCAUCCCGUAUGUGGGUUUGAAGAGAAGAUAACUGCACUACUGGGGCAAGUGGUAUUCUGUGUGCACUUUCAUGUGUAGCCCAGAUUUACUAUCUUUGCAGAUUUGUGAGGAGGAGGGACAGAGACUUGGGAUGCUUGAGCUUAUCUUUUCCAUGAAGUGUUUUCUGGCAUCCUACAAAUCAUGCAGGGAAAGGAUCCGGCUUCCAUAUGAGACUGGCUGCAAGAUCUCCUCCCCCUUUGUUUGUACUCGCACCAGCGCCCUGUCCCCUCGUCUUUCAGGUUUCAUGUGGAAUUCAACUGCAUUCUUAUAAUAAGGAGAUUGGCAUCUAAACUUUGGGGGUGCCCUACAGAUUCAGAGGAGCCUUCUGGUCAGUGCACCUUUUUUUAAGGGAGCUGUGGAUAAAUAACUUAGUGGUUCUAACAUGUAUGAUUGGUGGAUGCCAUGAAGAAUAGAUUUCAGGGGAAAGGAGAGAGGAGUUUUGCACUGUGCCCUAGAAAGUAUUUUCUCAGUAUCAUGCUUUUGAGCUACUAGAGUACUGUUUGGUUGGCUAAAGAACAAUAGGACAGAUAGAGCCUUUGAGAAUGAUGUUGGUGUCUUUGCUUCACAGAGUACGAGAAGUUUUCAAUUGCCAGUUAGAAUUGCAAAACCCAGGUUCAGAUGAGUUUACUUUCAUAGCAUUGGGUUCUAAUUACAUUUUUUUUUUGGAUUUGGCUUAUGUGGGACUCUUCAAAGUUUUAGAAUAAAAAGCCAUUUUGUGUGUGAUUACAAGGAGUAUGAGUAGUAGGGAAUUGACACUCCUUUCAUCUCAUUGUGCCAUGGAAGAGUUUUUUGAAAAUGUUUUAAGUACCACUGUUUGCCACACUACAAAAGAUGUACAAUGGGGAAUAAUUCCCCACUUCCAUACAGUCCCUAGCUAAAGUUAUGUCUUUCAUUCCAAGCCAUCCAUUCACUGUGUACCUUUUAGUCUCAUUUGUCAGCAGUGUCCACACCCAGCAGGCUUGGAUUGCUCCACUGUGAUGAUCCAGCACUGUAGCAAAGCUCUGUGAAACUAGUGAAAGUUGUUAGAGAGCAGCAACGCCAUUAGUGCAACUCUUUGUUCUGGUACUCCAUUCUGAAUGCACAAGAACCCUCUGCUUUGGCAUGAUAUAUGUACUGUCUGCAUUGCACUGAGAUGAUGGAGGGAGGCAGUUCUCCUGCCUUCACAUUGACAUUAAAUGAAUAUUCUUUCUGGGCAUUUUCAUCGUUCAAUGGAGAACCAGGUGACGAGGUGAAGAUCUUAGCUAAGGUAGCAAAGGAUUUUUCAGUCUCAUGCACCUUGCCUGGUGACCCACAGUGUAGAGCAAGUGCUUCCUGUUGGCUCUGCCUCUAAUUUGCACACCUGAAAAUAGCAGAAAUGAGUUCAGUUAGAUUGGUUUUUUUAAAAACAGAUUUGGAGGGAAUAAUUGGGUGGGGAGGGGAUAUUUAAGUUAAAUCAUGAAGAUUUUACCCCACCCCCCUCAGAUUCACAUGUGUAUAUACAGUGUUUAGAGGGAAUCAGAAAAAUGCCAAGCCUUUUUUUCCUCUUUGAAUGUGCUGUCUAUUUUUAUAACUGAACGUGUAUAUAUGUAUAAAAAGAGACACAUCUUUCUUUUACUAACUGGAGAAAAGAAUCUUAAAUAAAAUGGAGUGAGAUAAUUUUAUGUAAA